AUGCUGCUGACGGUGGCAUAUUCCCAUGUUUGGUGGGGCUACCUACCUUUGCCUUCUCUCACACUUUGGCACUUGAGCAAAUCGCAGGAUGGUGACCGACUGCAGUACAAACUUUUGGAUGGUGACGGACCUUUGACUGGUUGGAUCAGCCUCACCACACAAGGGAGGCAGCUGGUUGUCCUUUCAGAAAAGGUUUGGAUUGCAUGUGGCGGCCUUGAGAAAGGCGGUUUGUUGGUGAGAGAAGGCAGGGAGUUGUUUAAACCCCGGCACCCACCAACUCUGAGGACCGGGGCUGUGGUCACUGAAUUGGAUCCCAUUGCUGAUGGGCGAUUGCACUACAAGCUGCUUUCAGGAAAUGGCCCUGCAACCGGUUGGGUAACUGUAGCAGCUCAAGGAAAAGAGCUGAUGAGACGAACCCAAGAAAGACCGUCGCCUUCUCCCGGUCUUCAGACUGACAGGAAGAUGUCAAAGAUCCGAAUCCUGGCCCUGGCAGGUAGCCUGACCUGUAAAGAGAUGAUCAAAUUCCAAUGCGGCCCUUUGGCGGCGGCUUUGGGCAAGGAUGUAGCAGAGUGGACUUUCGCAGAGGGCACCGUGGCUCAUCCCUUCGACGUCGCCUCCAAGAGCCUCACAGACUUUGAACGCCUUGUCGCUGGAAAGCGUCAACAAAUUUCAUCGUGGUACAUAGACAUCUACCACUGCGAGAAGGAGAGAAGCGUCACAGAGAAACAGUUUGACAAGGAGGUUGACGUGGAAUCUGUAGCGAUCAGCGAUAAGGUGGCCGAGUUGAGGCAAAGAGUUCAGGAGGAAGGGCCUUUUGACGUUGCCCUGGGAUUCUCACAAGGCUGCAUCAUGAUGCACUUCCUAAUGGGCCACCUUUGGCAAGAAGGAAUUGCACCACCCUGGAAGCUCAGCCUUUUCUUCGAAGGAAUGCAUAUUCGAGAUCAUCGAUAUGCACAUCUUUUUGAGAAGCCCCUUGACCACCGAAGCAUCCACAUUAUUGGAAAGGCCUCGCCCUACUAUGCCUAUGCGCGGGAAGGGUGGUGCAGCAAAACCAAAGUGGAGGAUUACUACCUGAACCCGGUCGUGCUGACCCAUGAAGAAGGUCAUUGCUUCCCGACCAUGCAGCCACGUGCCAAAGAGAUCUAUGAAAUUCUGCGCAAAGAGAUCAAAGCUACUAUGGAAAACUAA